AUGCUUGGGAAAGCAUCAAAGCUGUACACCGCGCAACGGGGAAAACGGCAGAAGGAAGACGCGACUCGCCUCCCUCUGCGGCAGCCAGCGCUCCGCCGCCGCGCGCGAUCCAAUGGAGGAGGUGCAGGCGGCAUUGACGGCGCACCUGGACCAGGUGUCGGGCCUCGUCCAGGCGCUCUCCUCCGAGCUCCGCAGCGGGAUCGGCCCCGCCGCCGACAGCCUGCUCGCCUUCGUCCGCGCCGUCGACUGGACGGAGCCAUGGCUGAUGUGCUUGAUGGCGCUCCACGCGGGCCUGCUGCUGACGGCCGUCGGGCUGAGGAGGAAUGCCAACCUGCAGUUCUUCUUCUUGUUUCUUGCUUAUUCAGGGGUGUAUCUAGCUGAAAAGAUAAACAUCUACCUAGCAGAGCACUGGAAGGUCUUCGCCAGCCGGAAUUACUUUGACCGUGCUGGAGUUUUCAUCUCCGUUGUUUGGUCUGGCCCCCUUGUCUUCAUAUCCAUCGUCACCGUGGUUAGCUCUCUUAUUACACUAUGUCAGUUAAUGGUGAAAUGGAAGAGAGCAGAACUAAGGCAUCGGGUUCGUCUUGCUCAUGACAAAGAGGAGUGAUUUAAUAUCCUGUUGUUGAUCUUAGUCAGUGCUUGGAUCUCAGAGGGAUGCGCAGUUACCAAGUACUGUAAAUCCUUCAUCUGCUAUCAGCAUAGCAUGUAAUCUUCAGCUGCUCUUUCUUAGUAGUGUAUUUCUAUUAUUCUCUGGGGUCAUCAACUUCGGUAAUGGUUAGGUAUGCAGAAGACUAGAUAGAUGUUGUAUCUGGCUCCAUCCUUUAUUUGUAGCUAACCUGACGAUGUAAGUUUGUUCGAUAUUUGGUA